AUGGCCGCCUCUACCUGCUGCAAGAAGUCCAACUCCUGUGUCUGUGCUAUCGAAGCCACCUGCUCUUGUGGUAAGAUGCCCGCUCAGCACUGCGACUGCUCCAAGGCUGCCGUCGAGAACGUCAAGCCCACUGACGCCUGCUCCUGCGGCAUGCGACAGGCCUCUCAGUGCACCUGCUCCCGAAAGAACGAGGAGAACGCCGGUCUGAUGGAGGGCGAGGUUGACUUCACCAACCUGAAAUAA